AUGGCGACGAGGAUAAGAUUGCCAUCAUUCUUGGCCACAGCAGCAACACUAACAGUACUUGCAGCAUCAAUCACUUGGGCAUCUGGCACCCCUGAAGCUACUUUUGUCAAAAAGACCAUCUCUUCUCAUCAGAUCGUCAUCUUCUCCAAAUCUUAUUGCCCGUAUUGUAAGAGGGCUAAAGGUGUUUUCAAAGAACUGAACCAGAAACCACAUGUUAUUGAGCUUGAUCAAAGAGAGGAUGGGCACGACAUUCAGGAUGCCCUUGGUGAAAUUUUUGGAAGGCGCACUGUACCCCAGGUGUUCAUAGAUGGAAAGCACAUCGGGGGCUCAGAUGACACCAUGGAAGCAUACGAAAGUGGAGAACUUGCUAAGCGUCUAGGCAUUGCUUCAGAGCACAAAGAGGAUCUCUAA